AUGUCCAUGUUCAACAUGUCAAAACCUCACUACGCCUGCCCGGCCACUCCUACUACUCCUCAUCAGUACUCCGGCCAAGGCAGCAGCAAUGCCUUCAGCAGCUCCGCCAACCCCGGUGAGGACUGGGUCAAGAUCUCCGACCUUGCCGAACACAGAAGGAUACAGAACCGUAUUGCCCGGCGCAAUUACCGCCGGAAGCUUAAGCGCCGUCUCGUAGACCUCGAGCGCGGUGCUGACUCUUCUGACAAUGUUAACUCCAAGAAGAAAUCUCAGACCUGUUCCAUCAAGUUGAAGCACUCCUCCCUCUCCUCUAAGUCUCACAAAACUCAACCUACCACUCCCACCAAGACUCCUUCCUCUCAGAGCCAGUACACGCCUCCUAUAGAGCAGGAGGGCUUCUUCCAUCCCACCUUCUAUGAUACCCGGGAACACUCUCACACUCCUUUCGACAAACUGGGAGAUACUGCCGCUCUUUCCAUGACGAACGCGCGUGGAAAUGGUACGAGAACGGUAUACUCAGCUGCCACCACUGUCAUCCCUAACUUCACUCAGCAGUCCAUAUCGAACGUCUGCAGAGACAUAUUUGCCAAAAUUGGACAACAUGUGAGCGUCAAUAAUUGGGCAUCCAUGUAUAAGACCAUUCCUAGUCUUAUCAAGGCAUUUGCCAUCAAACUCAGCACUGGUCCUACAGAUGGCUUGAGCCGACGCAUCACGCAUUUUGUUUACAAGAAUCACCAGUUAGUUAAUUCGGAUCACUGUAACCUGAAGGCCUUCCCUCUGACUCAACUGACAAUAUCACCUAGGGAAAUAGCCCUACGCCUGUAA